CAGUGUGUGUUGUAUGUUUGCAGUACUAAAAUGUAAUACGCCAGUCAUCUAAGCUACCGCACUUUGGACGUUUUAGCAUUUUCUUAUUUCCUUUCUCUUUGUUAAUGUGAUGAGUGAGAAGAGAAAAAAUUGCCCGAAAAUGAAUUUGAGCAGAUAAUAAUUCCGAAAUUUCGAUUGAUGAACCGUUCAUUAAGUCGAAGUAAAUUUUGAGGUGAAAUUCAACUGUCACCAGACUUAUGAUAAUCAACAUGGAAUCAAUUCAAUCAAAAUCAAUUCAUUUGCGUUGAUUUACACUUGGAAGGAAAUUAAAAUUGAAAAAAGAAAACAUUUCAGACAUUUAAUGACCAGUUGAAAUAAAAUUAUCCAUUUAUUUAAGCGAAACACAAAAUUGGUUCACAUAAAUAAAACGGUGAGUUCAAAUUAGAAAAUCAUCUGUUGUCGAUAAUACAGUAUUGGUGAAUGUUGAAUGUCAUUGGUUUGUCGAUCUGUUAGUAAACGAAUCGUUGUGAAAUUCCCUCCAUUUCAAGCGAAGCAAUAUCACAGUUCGAACAUGUUUGUGCCUGGAAAAACAACUCAAUGAUUUCAAAUAAGUGACUAAAGUGAUUUGAAACAACAAUGGGAAAACGUAAAUCGACAGGAAGUCAAAGCCACGACCAGCCAAAGCGCAAUCGAAAAAGUACACAACAAAAUAACAAUGACUCCAGUGAUGAGGAUGAGGGAGCAAACAGCUCAGGUGUAAAUUUGUCGUCUGAUUUCAAUUCAGCAUUAGAUUUAAGUACACGUAGUGGCAAAAUUCUGACGGUCAAGCUGCGUAAUUUCAUGUGCCAUGCAAAUCUCACCGUCGAUUUCAAUGCACGAACAAAUUUACUCAUUGGUCAAAAUGGCAGCGGCAAAAGUGCUAUCCUAACGGCACUUAUCAUCGGUUUGGGUAGCAAAGCAAACGCUACCAAUCGCAGUAGUAGUAUCAAAGAAUUGAUCAAAUCAGGUGAAUCAUCGGCAACAAUUGAAGUGCAUAUUUCUAAUGAUGGUUCCGAUGCGUAUGAAUACGAAAAGUAUGGUAGCCGCAUCGUUGUGGUGCGUCAAAUUGCAGCAUCGGGUUCAUCGACGUACAAAUUGAAAAGCGCAUCGGGCUCCGUGAUUUCCACCAGUCGUGCCGAUCUGUUGAAAUUGAUUUUGUACAUGAACAUUCAAGUGGACAAUCCCGUAUGUGUUAUGACACAAGAUGCGUCACGCGGCUUCUUGCGAGACUCCAACCCGAAAAAAAGAUACGAAUUGUUUUUGAAAGCAACGCAGUUGGAUGUCAUUAUCGAGAAAUUGGACGGUUGCUUGCAACAAGUGAACACAGCCAAGGCCAAAUUCAAGUCACAACAGAGACAACAUGUCAACUACUUGGAAGCACAGAAAAAGGCUCACGAGAAACUCAACCAAUUCAAAUCGAUGGAACCUUUGAAAAAAGAAACGAAUCGGUACAAAUGCGAACGAGCAUGGUUGUCUGUGGUCAAUGAAGAAGAAUUCAUACAGAACGUAAAUACCGAAUUCGAAAACGCUCGCCAGAAGAAGGAUAAAACUGAUCAGGAACUCGCUAAAUUAAAUGUUAACGAUAGUGAUAUGAACGAACAAAAUGCUCAACUGAACGGAGAAAUCGAGCAAUUGCAACAGUCGAUUGUGGCGGAACAGAGAAAAUUGGACGCCGAAAAAACCAAUUUCAGACGUGCAAAUGAACAGAUCGAAGAUAAUGUGCGCACUGUGAAAAAACUUGAAGCUAAAAUGGCCAAAGUUCAAGAAACCAUUGCUACUCUUGAAGAUAGUAUCCAAUCAGAGUUGAACUCAAAUAAGAACCAAAUCGACGAGAUGAAACAGGCAAACGAAGCAAAAUUGAAGGAGCUCAAUAAGAAAAAAGAUGAAUUCGAAUCGAUUCUAAAAACUCAUCGACGGGAACUGGAGAUUUUCGCAAACACUCGUGCAAAGUGCCAAGGUCAAUUGGAGGUGGCUAAAAAGAAUCAAAACAAACUGAGCGAAGAGAAAAAAAAUGUUGAAACACGAUUGCGUCAUAUGCACGCGUCGCCGAAGGAAAAUUUAAGGUCGUAUGGCGAAAACAUGGUAAAAUUGGUCGAAAUAUUGGAACAGUACUUUAAGCGGGGCAAGUUUAAAAAGAUGCCAAUCGGACCGAUUGCCAAUCACAUUGAGGUUAAAAAUGCCAGCCAUCGUCAGUAUGUCGAAGAUGCAUUGGGCAAUAUUCUGAUGGGAUUCUGCGUUGACAAUUCAGACGAUUUGUCAACAUUUCGUGAAGUUUUGAGAAAAAUGAAUCAGCCACAAUUCAAUGUGCCCAUCAUUUGCGCUCCAUUCAUCGGUCGCCAGUACAAUGUAACUGGUAAAUGCGUUGAGGCAGAUGAUAAAACCGCACGGCUGAUGGAUUUGAUUGUAGCUGACAAUCCCGUGGCUAUGAACUGUUUAAUCGAUCAUUGCAAUAUCGAAACCAUUCUAUUCACAUCGUCCUUUGAAUACGCCACCCAUAUCACAUCGAAGAAAGAAAAUGUUCCACAAAAUUUAUCCAAAGUGAUAUUGACCAAACCGUACAGCGAAUAUUUCCCAGCGCCAGCAUAUCGAUCGUAUGCAAAAGUAUCGAGACCGUCGCGUAAUUUGCGAGUCAAUGCUGCCGAUCGAGAAAAGGCAUAUCAAAACGAUUUGCAGGAUAUUAAUGAAAAAAUCGAUGCAGCCAAAGCUGAAAUCCAGCAAAUUGAAAGCAAAGUCAAAGAAAAUAUCAAACUUGGCGAUGAACGGCGCAAACACAUUGCCGAAGUUGAUGCUAAUCUAAGGAUGCUCAACUUAGAAGUUACCGAAAUCGAAUCGAUCGAAUAUCCACAAGAAGCUGACGUUGAAGUGAUGCAAAACGAGGUAACCGAACAAUCCAAGAUAUUGACAUCGCUACAAACCGAAUAUGAAACGGAACAAGGCAAAGUUGAUGAACUGAACGUUGCAAUCCGUGAGGUCAAAGCGAAAAUUUUGGAAAUUAGACGACAGAUACAAAGUUUCGAAAGCGAAAUACAGGCCAAGCAAAAGUCCAAAGACGAUCUCAGUGAAAAUUUGACGAAACGAGACACAAUGAUUGCAUAUCAUCAAAAGCAAAAGAAACAUCUCACCGAAGCCAUGAUCAAGUAUGAGAAAGAGUUGGAGAAACUACGGGAAAAACUGGGCCGGUUAGAGGCAACUGCUCUAAAAGUAGGGUCACGCAUUGAUGUGAAACACACCGAGGAGCAACUCGCUAAAUUGAUUAAGAAAAAUGAACUCAAACUGAAUGCGGUGUCCACGUCAAAUGAAUCACUGGAAAGUGUAACACGUCAGGCGCAAGAAGCCGACGAAAUUGUGACUAGAAGUGAUGAUUUGAUCAAAAUACUUGGUUCAACAUUGAAAAUGAUACACAGUUCGGUCAGAAUGCGAAUGGCGAAUGUUUCCAAAUUGAAACAAUUCAUGGUCACACGCACAGCUCUCUAUUUUACGGCCAUCAUGAAACUACGAGACAUCGAUGGCACUCUGAACUUCGAUAAUGAUGCCGGUACAUUAGACAUACAGGUGGUGCCCAGAGACAAGGAUUGUGCAAACGCUGUGUCAAAAACGACCAAUCUCUCUGGUGGUGAACGUUCAUACACAACCGUUGCAUUCUUGUUGUCAUUGUGGUCAUGUGUCGAUCACCCGUUCUAUUUUCUUGAUGAAUAUGAUGUGUUCACCGAUCAAGUCAAUCGUAUGUUUAUGACCAAAUUACUGCUGAACGAAGCCGAAAAGAAGCCACUUCAGUACACAUUCCUCACUCCACAAGACACAUCGGAGAUUAAGCCAGCAAAGGACCUCUCCAUUUUGCGUCUAGAGAAUCCAAACCGUUGACGAGACACAAUGAAAGAAAAACUUACAAAUUACCAAAGUGUGUUCACACAUUCAAAUCACCAAUAACGUCAACUAAAAAUACAUCGUUUUUUUUUAAUUUGAAAUGUUGAUAAAACAAACUUGUUGAUUAAAUAAAGAAAUAUAUUUCCGAAGAGAAAAAAAUGCAUUAAAAAAAACAAAAA